AUGGAUAUCCACGAAGCCUACCAGCUCCUCAACUCCACCGCCGGCCAGCUCUCAACCCGCUUCCAGCAGGUCCCGGGCUCGGCGAUCCUCCUCCGAUACAUCAAAAGCUCCUACCAGAAUGACCCCGUCCGCAGCGUCGUCGAAUUGGGGCUCUUCCUGUUCGCGGUGCGGUACCUGCUUGCGCCGCGCUACAGCACGAACAAGUCCAAGGCCGCAGACCUAACUGAAGAGGAAAUCGACGAGCUCGUGCAAGACUGGACGCCCGAGCCGCUCGUCGCCCACCCCACCGAGCUCGAGGCCGCCGAGAACGAGAAGCGCCCCGUCAUCGUUGGCCCCACGGGCCCCAAGGUCAAGCUCGCCAACGGCCGCACAGUGAACAACUAUGCGUCGUUCAACUUUUUCAAUUUUGUCUCAAAUGAGAUCUUGAAGGAGCGCGCUAUCCAGAUUUUGCGUAACUACGGUGUCGGUGCUUGUGGACCUCCAAACUUCUACGGGACUCAGGACGUGCACAUGGAGACCGAGCGCGACAUUGCAAACUUCCUCGGUGUGCCGAGCUGCAUUGUGUAUGCGCAGGCGUUCUCGACGAUUAGCAGUGUGAUCCCGGCGUUUGCCAAGAGGGGUGAUAUCAUUGUCGCGGAUAAGGCGGUCAACUACUCGAUACAGAAGGGGCUCGAUAUCUCUAGGAGUACCGUGAGGUGGUUUGAGCAUAAUGAUUUGGAGGACUUGGAGAGGGUACUGGAGAAGGUACAAAAGGAGAUGGCGAAGAAGCCGUUGACAAGACGCUUCAUUGUGACCGAAGGCCUCUUUGAGACUACCGGUGAUAUGGUCGACUUGCCUAAGAUCAUCGAGCUCAAGCAACGCUACAAAUACCGUCUCAUUCUUGACGAAUCCCACUCAUUCGGCACCCUCGGCCGCACCGGCCGCGGUAUCACAGAGCACCUCAACAUUGAUCCUCUCUCCGUCGACAUGCUCGUUGGCUCACUCGCAUACUCCAUCUGUGCCGGUGGUGGCUUCUGCGCCGGCUCUCGCGAGAUCGUUGAGCACCAGCGUAUCUCUAGCUCUGCCUACGUCUUCAGCGCCGCUCUUCCCGCCUUGCUCGCCGUCACCGCCAGCGAGACCAUCAAACUCCUGGAGAACAACCCGGAUGUCCUAUCAGUCCUCAGAGAGAACAUCAAGGCCUUCAGGGCCGUGAUGGACCGCAGCGAGUAUGUCAAGUGCACCAGCGACAUUGAGAACCCUGUCUGUAUGUUCACCCUGAAGAAGGAGGUUUGUGGAGGCAUUGCGGAUCAGGAGAGAUUGAUGAUGGAUAUUGUCGACGAGGCGAUUGCCAACGGCGUCCUCAUCUCCCGUGUCAAGAACGUCCCUGAGAAGAACAGCGCCCGCGUCGUGUGGAAGUACGAAGCGACCUUCAAGGCUUGCAUCAGCAUUGGCCACACCAAGAAGGAGACAGAGAAGGCGGCGGCCGUCGUCAAGGCUGCUGUCUCAAAGGUUGUGACAAGAGUCAAGAAGGAGAAUGCUGGCAGGUUCCUCUCAUAG